GCACGCCGUCGCCCUACGCGGCAUAGUGUCGGCGCUAGGCACGCGAGAAUCCGGUAGCCUGGUUGGGGAUCAGAGCAGGGAGGGCCGCUGCGCUGCUGUUCCUUCGAGACAAAACCAGAUCGGUCCCCGACAGGAUCGUUUCCAGGGCUUGGCUUCUUUUCUUCGAGAUUUCUAGAGCAGCGGAACGCUCCCUCACAGUCAUUACAGACACAUCAAUCAUGAAGUAUUCGGCUUCUUCUCUCGGGCUGUUGCUCAGCCUCGGCCCGGCGCUCGCCGUCUCGAAGCACUGCCCGUGCAUCCGGAACUCGGCGCUGUCGGUGCUGACGGCGGACAAGGCGACGGCCUUUUGCUCGUCCUUCCUCGGCUACGACUACGAGCCCAUCACCGUCACCACGACGCCCGUCACCACCGUCGCUACCACGGUCAUUACCUCGCUCACUGCCACCGCCACCGACCCCCAGACGGUCGAUGCCAUCGAGAUGACGACGUCUACGUCGACGUCGAUAGUGUCGUCGACGAGCUACAAGCGUAGCGGCGGCCCCGGCCCCACCCUCAUCAACAAGCGCACCAUCACCUUCAUAAGCGAGCCCACGACUCCCUCAGGACUCGAGCCGUACGACUCGUCCGUCAUCAGCACGGCGUGCAACUGCUACGUGACCAGCCCCGCCGCGGCGCCGACCGUGACCGUGACAUCGGCCGCGACCGAAUUCUCGACAGCAACAAGCUCCUACACCGCGCUCACCAUCACCGAGUCGCCGGCCGUCGCGACCGAAACGGUGACCGUUACCGUGGGCGCCUUGGCAACCACCACCGUGGUCGUGUCGGGGCCGCCGACCCUCAUCUUCAACCUGGUAGCCACGUACACGGCGAACUGCGUGCCGUACAACUACCAGACGAUCAACUUCGGGCUGACCGAAGCCACACCCAGCUUCGAGGGCGCCUUCCAGUACUGCGCCGCCAAAUGCCAGAGCUACGCCGGCUGCACGCAGAUCUACGUCUCCUGGGACGGGUCCACGUCCUUCGACUGCAUGACGGGCACCGUGGGGACGUAUGGCUGGGACAGCUCCGAGUUCCAGUGCAACUACCCCCCCAUUCACAAGAACGGCUAUUGGUUUAACGUCGGCACCACCACCGCGCCGAGCGCGCCGUGAGGGCGGAGCGUCCGCUCGCUUGUAGCACUCUGCGUAGUUAAUGUCUAAUUUGACAACAAGAUCUCUUGGCUCUCCGUGCAUGUCCGCAACGUCUCGACUGUAAUCAUGUUGCCCACUGAAUCUGGGGCUGUUUCGUCCUCGUGUUGUAAUAGCGGCGGCAGUCCAACCAGGGAAAAUAAAGCAUGUG